GUGCCGACGUUGCGAGGUGAGGUGAGGCGCUUUUUCAUCCCUGCCACACACCAACCGCAUGAUCCGAAUGGAAGUAAAAUGAGUUGAACACAGCAACGAAUAUGGAAUAAACCCAUACUCACAAGAAUCUCUACGCGGAGGCCCAAACCGGAAACUGGAAUUGGUUCGGUCGAUUGAUUCGCAGGCAGAACAUAAUAGUGUCGUCCAACGUAAUCCAACGAAUAACACCUGGCAGAAUAAAUUAAGGAACCUUCAUUAUUUCGCAUUACGGAACGAAAGUUCUGAGCCUUCGUAACGUGAGACCAAAUUAUUCUGCGAAUUAAAGAGUUGAGACGAAAAAAAACAUCGACGAAGGGGAAAACAACGAACAAAAAAGUUUCUAGAUGCGUACAAAAAGAUUGUUUAAUUUCAGAGAACAAAGAAAAAUCGAUAUGUUUUAGCUUUAUCGCUUGUUGACGCAUUCCCAUGCCUUGAUCAGGACGAUUAAAACAUGUGAAAAAAUGGAAACUGAAUAAUGAAGGCGACGACAAUCAUAGAAAAGUAACCAAUCGAUGCAUAGAUUCAGUGAAUAAGACAACGGAUUUCAUCGAAGAAAGUUAGAAAUAUUUACAAAUACACACACACACACACACACAUAAAUAUAUAUAUAUAUAUUUAUUUAUUUAUUUAUUUAUGAAUACAUUAUAAUAUUAACCUCCUCAAAUCUAUAUUUAAAAUACAUACAACUGACCUGAGAAACGUGAUUCCAUACCAUUAAUAUUUACUUAAUAAAAAAAAACUGGAAAAAUUAUUCUAUUCAGAAUUAUCGAUCUCCUCUUGUAUUCGAAAGUAUAUUUGAUGAAUGUACGUAUUAUUAGAACCCAACAAAUGAAAGAUCAAUCAUACCCUGACGAUUGUAGAAUUAGAUUGAGAAACAUAAAAAUAGUCACGAAAAAUUCGUUUGGUUCGAUAUAUGAAGCAAAGCAUUUACUUCGUCAAUCAUGCUGUGAAUGUGAGCCAACUAUUGUGUUGACUACCGAAGGCUAGCAAUCGAGUCAACAUCGAGAGCUUUCAAAGGAUAUACUUGAAAGACUGUAUUGCCAGUUAAAUAAAAAUAUAGAAGAAAUUCUUACGAAUGAAUAAAUACGCAAUACACCGAUUCUAGGAUAAAUCUACCAAUCUAAAUGUUCAACAGUAAAUGAAGAAAGAUAAAGAAACAUGAAAAGAUAAUCACUUCAGAAUGUUAAAAAGGUUAACGUUUUUAUUAAGCAUUUUCUGAAACUUUAAAUGAAGUUUUCGAAAUCUGAUGGCCAUUUUAUUCAGGAGAUCAGGAAAAAAUAUAUUUGAAUAUAUAAAUAUGCACACACACACACCCACACGCAUACACACACAUACAUACACACAUGUAUUCUCGUAGCAAUUUAACGUGAAUUGAAAAGGAACUCGAAACUUUCUACAUCCAGUGUACGUUAUUGAGAACAGUUUCUACAAGAUUAUCAGAAAAAUAAUUUUGCGAAGACUGAUUAUUAUAUGAAAAUAUCGUCUUCUGUAUCGAGAGUAAACGAGAUGUCUGAGAAGCAUUUACGUAAAAGCACUAGGUGCGAAAAAAAUGAGCAUGAGAAAUAAAAUUGAGUUGGGUGAGUAAUAGUCAAAUUCGUCAGAAGGAGCGAUUGUUCAGAGACGUGAACGUAAAAUUUUGAAUUGAAUACAAGAAUUGACAAGUACUUUUUACAAAAAUAUUUCAGAAAUUCAGAGAAAUUUGGAAAAUUAAUACGUCUUUAAGAAAUAUUCCAAAGAUUUUGAAUCAAACCUGGUAAAUAAGGAUUGUAAAAAGAAUUCAUUCAGAAUCUCAGAAGCUUUAAGAAUUUGUCCCUGACGUUAGUGACGUUGAGUUAUAAAAGCGAAGGAAUGAUGAGAAAAAUCUCACUAUUAGUUAUUCAAAAGAUAACUUGGAAUGGAAUGGCAAGAAACAACGUAUUAAAUAAACAAAGAGCGUUGCAAAAAUUGACAAAAAAUUGAGAAGCUUUCGAAUGAUGAGAACGUCAAAGAAGGAAGUUCCUAAGCUCGUUACUUCAUUCGAGCGAAAUGUUCGAAAGAGCAUAAAACAAAUUUAAAAAUAAAAAUAAACUUGGUAUAAAGCUUUGUGGGAAACGUGAUCAAAGCCCAAACUAAGGGUUUUAAAGAAAGACAGAUUAUAUCAACUUCAUCUCAUUCUGAUAUGUUCUUGGAUGUAUCACGAUCUUGAAAUUCCUAAGGAUAUACGACGGCAGCCAUUGAUAAACAUGAAUCUCGAGGUCGAGUUAAUAGCAGGGGUGAUUAAGGGUGGUUUACCACCGGCACAUUUACCAGCGCCUCGUCUCAUAAAGAUAUUCAUCGCAGGAGAACGAGAUGAAUUUGCGGAAGAACGUAAAUUACUGUUGGAAACUGUCGGUCCAUCCCUCCAGUCCGUCUACGAUGACAUGGGGAUCGAGGUUUUGUUGGUCGACAUGCAAUAUGGAACAGCGAAAAAUCCGGACGUUGAUCCCCUGUUAGCGGAGCAGUUUCUUGAAGAAAUAAGUGCGGCGCAUCAACGCUCAAGGGGAUGUUUUUUAAUCCUUUUGGUUGGAGCAGAUUAUACGCCAGGUUGGGCACCGAAAAAACUUGACAAUGAAACUUAUCAAUCUCUUAUAAGUGACCACUCACUGCUCAACGAGUAUUAUACACCCAACGACGAUGAUUACACCUUGAAAGCUACUAGCGAGGAAACUUCCAAGCAAGAUUGGCAAUCAACUCACGGCUUAAAUCUGCAGAACAUCUUGAAGUCAGCGGCGGAGGCAGCUUUGCUUCUUCAACCCAACAAUACCGGUGUUUUAAAUGUGUUGAAAAGCACUGCUGAACGACAAUUGGAGUAUGGCCUAAAUCUUGAUCCAGGUGGAGAAGGUAUAAUAGGAAUAAUACGUGACUGGAGCAAUGCCCCGCUCUCAUCCCCCGAAAGUGAGAGGCUCAAAUUAAAGUUAGAAGCCUCGUUGCCAUCGAAUAAUAUCAUACGUCAAAGAGUGGAUUACACGCCAGAUGGAAUAGAUCCAGAAUUGAGUAAUCACGACACUUACAUGAGGGAACUGCGUCAACGAGUCCUUGAUGCCGUGCAGUCUUUGGUGAAUGCUUCAGUAGAGAUUGAUCCAGAAAUCAAGAGUCGAAAAAAAAUGGUCCAAGAAGUGUAUGCCGAGAGCAUGAUCCAUCUUUCGCAGUUGCGGGAAUACGAGCCAGCCGAAGAGAACAACGAAGUCGUGCAACUCAUUCAGGAACGAAUGAUUGCGGGAAAAGAACAAAAGCAUGCUCCCAUCAUAAUUAAGGGUUCAAGGUCUUCAGGGAAAUCCAGUAUACUCGCCAAAAUUUAUGAAAAGGCGGAAGACUGGUUGGGUAAACCGAUUUACCGCAUAGUUCGUCAUUGCACAUUGACUCCAAGAUCCGCUUACAGCUUGGAACUCUUGAGAGUAUUGUGCGAACACAUUGGCUUUCUCACGGGAAACAACGAUGGGAAUUUGCCUCGGGAUGCUUCUUUCGAUCCACUUUACCUCAAUAAUUGGUUUACGCAAAUAAUGCGAGGCAUAGAGGAAGGAGCAUUGGCAAAUACACAAUUGGUUAUAAUGAUUGACGAUCUUCAUCGUUUACAUCCUCUGGAAAGUGACAUCGUCGCCGCCCUAUCAUGGCUCCCACUUCAAUUACCUGCAGGAGUCCAUCUCAUCCUGACAACUUCUCUACACCCUGAAGCUCUCAGGCUGACACCGUUGCAAAAAGAUCGCCUGAGAAAUCCAGAUAUUCUUAUCGAACUAUCAGGCUCUCGUAAUAACUUUCCAGAUAUUGCCAGUGCUCUUGAUGAACUUGAAAGUCUCGUUGGCAUCAACGCCGCUAAUAAUGUCGGUUCUUUCCUUGCUUGUACCGAAUAUGGCAUCUCCGAAACUGAAAUCCUCGAAUUAAUAAUGCCAACCGGUGGUGAUGAACCUUUACUUCUUGAAGAUGGACAUUUCAACUUUGCUACUUGGUGUCUCGUACGAAGAUUUCUUUCACCGUGGCUUAAAGUGCGUGUGAUGAGUGGAAGAUUAAUGUUUUCCUGGCGUUGGACGAGCCGUGAAGUGGCCAGGAAGCGAUAUUUGUCGAACCAGACGGCCUGUAAAUCAUACCAUACGGAACUGGCAAAUUUGUUUUUCGCGGAGGAUUCUGAAGACAGCGAAGAAAAAUCCCCCGCAGAUACGGAAGCUCAACCGGCUAAAGAGACGCCUUUUCAGAGCAAAUUACAAUCACAGGACAUCACUUACACUCUCCGACACGUUGAAGAAGCUUGGCUUCAUCUGCUUCAAGCGGGUGAUGUUGAAAAACUUAAAAAACUCGCCGUCUGCGCUUUCGAUUUUCUUCUUGCUGCUGUCCAAAUGGAGUCGGUCAGUUAUUUGAGAUGCGUACUCGAACAUGCUCGACGAUAUCUUCUCGAGAGAGAUCUCGAGCUGGUUUAUUACGCAAUUCGAAAUUCCAGUGAUGUACUUACUAGAGAUCCUCUUCAACUAGGAGCUCAAUUGAUCUGUUGGCUAAGGCCCGUCGUCGAAGAUAGUGGUGAUCUUGUGAGCAGAAUGAUCACAGCUGCAAUGGCCUGGUGCGAUGGUUACCUAGCACCACUUCUGGUUCCAUUAAAUGGAUGGUUGCAGCCACCAUUACCUAUUCAAAUAAGAACAUUGGGUUGUCCCCAAGGUGUUCGACUCGUGGAACCGGCACCUUCUGGUCAGCACGUUGUUGUUGUUCCUCCUCAGGGUGACGCUCAACUCUGGCACGUAAUGUCAGGACAGUUGGUACACACGUUCAAGGGUCACUCAAAUCCAAUAUCGUGCAUUGCGGUGACCCAACAAUCGCAAUACUUGCUCACAGGUUCUGAGGACACUUCGAUAAUAGUAUGGGACAUGAAAGAGUUGACACUAAAACGACGAAUAUGCGAACACAUAGCACCAGUUUUGACAUUAACACCGGCAUUGAACAAUUCGGUUAUUGUUAGCGGGGGUGAAGAUUCAAGGAUAAUAGCUACGAGUUUGUUAACUGGGGAGGUCUUGAUGAAAGUCGAUCAUCAUCGAGGUCCUGUUACGGCAGUACGGGUUGACGCAGCCGGAGAAGUUCUCGUUUCGGGAUCAUCGGAUAGUACUGUUUGCCUAUGGUCCCUUGAAAAUUUUACUCUCCUUAACAGCAUACUAUUACCGUCGCCCAUUGUCAUGCUGGACGUUUCUGCUGAUUCCGUGUUUCUUCUUGCCGCUUGCGAAGACCAUCAAUUGUAUCUCAGGUCACUCGCGACCGGUACAGAAAUUCACACCCUCCGAGGUCAUCAAGGUCCUGUCAAGAGUAUCUGCCUGGCCAAGGAUUGUCGGAGAGCGAUCGCUGGUGGGCUCGAAGGACACGUCACUAUUUUUGACAUGCACAGCGGCAAAUUCAUCAAGACAUUGCCCGCCAAUCCUUCAACAGUUGUAACCACAAUCAAAGUCACGGAGAAAGACGAUUUUCUGAUAACCGCUGGAGGCAACCGCUUGAUAUAUUGGAGUUUUCGUGCCGAGGAAGGCCCCAUGAGACCAAAUAAACCACCAGGCAAACAAGAUUCUCUUCAAACGCACACUGCGGCGAUAACUUGCCUCGAUAUAUCAAGAGACGGCGCCAUGGCGGUUACCGGAGGAGUCGACUCCCUCGUCAAUCUAUGGCAACUUAAUACGCAUGAAUUGAUGCUUACACUCGAAGGGCACAUAGCAAGUGUGACUUGCGUUGCUUUUUCGGCAUCCGGACUUUUUGCUGCGUCAGGAUCUGAGGAUAAAACUGUUCGGGUCUGGGGACUCACGUUGGGUCUUGUCGUGGCAACAUUUAGACACCAGGCUCCUGUAACCGCGGUAACGGCAAUGCUGGAUGGAAGAAGGGUCGUCAGUUCAGAUCGGGCCGGAGCGAUACGGGUUUGGGCUGCCGACAGUGGAACAUUGAUUCAAUCUGUUUGCGGGCCAGGAAGAUGUUUCGCGGUCACUUCGGAUAUGAGAUAUACGGUUUGCGGCAACGGUGACAAUCAUGUGAGAAUAGUGAGUCUCGGAGCUGGUCCAGAAGAAAAGCAUCAGGUCAGCCACAGUCAAGACGUGACCUGCCUCGUUGUGACAUUCGACUCUCAAUCAUUGAUUACCGGGUCAAAAGACAUGAGCCUGAAAGUUUGGCAACUAGCAGGCGGAAAGUUGUCACAAGUUUUGGUUGGACAUACAGAUCACGUGACUUGCGUAGCAGUAGCUGUACUCGACAAAAGUAUCGUUGUUUCGGGAUCCCGGGACGCGAAUCUUAUCGUUUGGGACAUCAACACCGGAUCAGAUAUUCAUACGUUAGUCGGUCAUCUUGGUUAUGUCACCUGCGUCAGAUUAUCAGGCGAUGGUACAUUGGCAGUUUCUGGAAGCGAAGACAAAAGUCUCGUCGUCUGGGACACGAAAAAAGGCACUGCUUUGAAUUCCAUUAUGGUUCACAUACCGGUUCUUGGCAUCGAGAUGUCAACCGAUUGUUCAAGACUUGCUCUACAUCUUUUGGAAUACAAUUGCAUGCCAAUACUCUGUCUUCAUAACACACCAGCUCAAUACGUCAAAUUACCUUCUUAUGUGGCACCGAUUGAUCUCAGACCACCAGGACCCAAACGUCCUACUAGAAGGUUUCUCAAAAAGGAGGUAUCACUUGAUACUUAUACUUGGCAGCGCAAAUACGGACAUCUCACUUCCGGAUCAACGGUUGCCACCGUCGAGGAACGUCUAAGACGCCGAUUCAGCGUCAGCGCCUCGAUGGAAGAAAUCAGCAAAGCCGGUUUAGCCAAUUCACAACCAGGCCUUGGUCCGGAGCAAGCGGCUCUCGCUCAAUCCCAACACUUUGAUCAGCUCGAGGCAAUCUGGAACAAGCAAUCACCACCACCGAGACCCCGAGGCCUCGGUAGAACUCUGUCCAAGCAAAGUUCUCUUCAAGCAACGAGAAUAUCGGACUCCGAGGAAGAAGAUAUUCCGUGAAUCUAAGGCCAAGAUUACGCCAACAAACCAGUGAUUAUCUUCCAACGUUGGGAUCCAACAAAUUGUAAACCCAAAUGCCAGAGGUCCUGCAUCUAAAAUCGUACUUUACAACUGUCCACCAUCUUUAACAUAAACUAAAGACAAUUCGAUUGAUUAAAUAAGUAAGGAACGCCGAUGAAUUUCAUGAUGUAUUGUCGCUGCAGGAAACUGUGAAAACGAAAUCGAAUGAUGACUCCUAAAGCUUAGAUCACAAUCAAUGUUCUCCCAACAAGAUCGAGGCAGGUGACACUGUCAGUGGCUGAAUGUAAUCUUCUGAAAAUGACUUUUACGUUAUUUUGAAAAGUGCACGAGAAAAAAAUGUUAUAAAAAAUCUUAACAUUGCAACAAAGACAAUUUUUUUUUUGGUAUUGAUGGAACUGAAAAUUAUGACAAAGUGUAUGUACAAUCUCUAAUACUAUUAGCCUCUACUGUCUCUCAAAAA